ACAAUAAUUUAUUUGCCUAAGAAAAAUUAAUUAUUUUAGUUUUUGAAAAACCCUAAAAACAAAAUAAAGCGUCUUCUCCAACGAUCUCCAAGAAAUUUCAGAGCCCAGGCCAUUGAAGAACCCCAGCCGCACAACCCCAAACCUGUGAAGAGGACUUCCUGCGAAGUUUCAAGCAUCGGUGUAGUGGGUUUCUAGUUUUCUUCAAUGGAAGACCCUCAAGAACUGGAUAACAAGUCCUCUGAAGAAAUUACUGAAAAAGCAAAUCUAAACAAGGGGGAAACUCGAGAUGAAAUGCUUUCUAGGCAUAGGAAAGAGAUAUCAACACUACAAAAUAAGGAAAUCGAAUUGAAGAAGGCAGCUGCUAAGGGCAGCAAAGCAGAACAGAAAGCCAAGAAAAAACAGGUUGAGGAAGAGAUUACUAAACGUUCUUCUGAACUUAAAGAAAAACAUGCUGAAGAACUUGCUUCCUUGGGGUAUGACACUAAAAAUGGAAAUGAGAAAAGUAAACUGGAGAAUUUAGUGAAGGCAAUAGCAGGAGUUUCUGUGAGCAACCAACCUGACCAGGUAAAAUCUAGCAAGAGUUCAAGGAGGCGAGGAAAGAGGGCUCAGGAAGAAGCAGCAAGAGAACAGAGAAUACAGGAAGAACAAAGCAACAUUGUAAGUGACCGUGUUAUUGAAGAUGCAAAACUAGAGAAAAAGCUUGAACCUCUUGGCUUGGCUGUAGCUGAAAUAAAGCCAGAUGGGCAUUGUCUCUAUCGAGCCGUUGAAGAUCAACUAGCUGUCCUUUCUGGAGGUCGAUCACCUCACAACUAUCAAGAACUUCGAGAACUGGUGGCUUCUUAUAUGAGGAAAAAUGCAUCUGAUUUUCUCCCAUUUUUCCUCUCAGAAAAUGCAGUAGAAGAUGAUGGUUCUGAUGAUUCUCUGGCAGAAAAGUUCGAGAAUUACUGUAAAGAAGUGGAGACGACGGCUGCCUGGGGAGGUCAGCUAGAGUUAGAGGCUCUAACUCACUGCCUUAGGAAACAUAUCAUGGUAUUCUCUGGGUCCUUUCCUGAUGUGGAAAUGGGGAAGGAGUACAAAUCCAAUGGUGGGACUGAUACUUCUAUUAGGCUUUCAUACCACAAGCAUGCAUUUGGCCUUGGUGAGCAUUAUAAUUCUGUAGUGCCCAUUGUGACCAAAUAGGUUAUAUAUUACACCAUUUUUCAUAUCGAACACGAUUUGAGUUGAGCUCUUAAACUAAUUAUUGAAUCACCAGACAGUGGUGAACAGCUUUUGUUUUUGCUA